AUGAAUAUGGCUGACAUUCGUCUUUCAGAUGGGAUCCUCGGCAGUUAUUAUGCGUCUUGGAAGGUCUUUUCUACAGCUCUACUAGAUUGGAAUUUUGUACGACGCGUUCUUAGAGAAAUUUUUGAACACAACCAUGAAACGAGACUGUGCAAUUCUACGGAAAAUACCAAACAUCAAGAACAGGCCGCAAUGUUCCCCUGA